AAUUUUGCUGGACGGUGUGGAUGCAGGGCAGGCAAACUUUAGAAAACCGAAGUUUGCCCAUCCGACUUCAACCCUCGUAUGACUACUUUGGCGAUCCUCGAACGGAAGAAGAAGAAGAAGAAGAAGAAGAAGAAGAAGAAGAAGAAGAAGAAGAAGAAGAAGAAGAAGAAGAAGAAGAAAAGAAGAAGAAGAAGAAGAAGAAGAAGAAGAAGAAGAAGAAGAAGAAGAAGAAGAAGAAGAAGAAGAAGAAGAAGAAGAAGAAGAAGAAGAAGAAGAAGAAGAAGAAGAAGAAGAAGAAGAAGAAAAGAAGAAAAGAAGAAGAAGAAGAAGAAGAAGAAGAAGAAGAAGAAGAAGAAGAAGAAGAAGAAGAAGAAGAAGAAGAAGAAGAAGAAGAAGAAGAAGAAGACGAAGAAGAAAAAGAAGAAGAAAAAAAAAAAGAAGAAAAAGAAGAAGAGAUUAAAAAAAAAAAAAAAAAAAAAAAGGUGAACGGACAAAGUUCGCACCAAAUGAGGAAGCCCCGAAAACACAAUCGCGUGCUCAAGAUACGAUGAAAUCAGGAGUCGCAAACGUAAAACCCAU